CUCUCGGGUUCUUGUCACUCCUUGACAGUCCGUGUCAUUCUUUUCCAUUGCCCCGGGCACUCCUGACUUGUAGUUAAAUUGACUGCUCUACCAGCGGGGCUGGCCUCGAGCAUUUCCUUCCUUACCAUGACCGAUCAACCUACUCGAGUCCUCUUCCUGGCCAACAGCGAACAUGGUCAAACGAACAUUAUCCUGGCAAUCACACACGAGCUCCUCGUCCAGGGCAACGUUGAAGUCCAUAUUGGCUCGUUCCCCGUCCUUGAAAAACGGGUGGAGAAACUUUUGGCAGACAACGCAGAUGCUUAUGAUGAGUCCUUCCGGUCGCGUGUUCACUUCCACCCUGUGAGGGGCCCAUCUAACACCGAUGUUUUUAUUCGCACGGGUAAACGCGGUGCCUUUCAUCCUCCGGGGUAUCAUGGCGCCGUGCUGGGCUUCCAGUCUCUGUGCGAGGACAUCUGGGGGUGGACGGAGGAGGAGUACGUUGACAUUUACGAGAGCUGUGUCGAGAUCAUCAACGAGGUGAAGCCAUCGACGAUUGCCAUUGACUUUUUCUUUUUGCAAGGGAGAGAUGCUGCUUACAACACGGGGCACACAGCCAUUCUCAUCAACACGACAUCCCUCAGCCAUAUUGUGCUGGGCAUGCAGCCCAAUUCCGCUGCCUUGUGGAAAUACCCACUCCCGGGAACUGGUUUCCCUUAUCCUAUCCCUUGGCAUCUCAUCCCGCUGAAUAUCAUGGCUGUCCUCAAGACGGCCAAGAUGUAUCACGGCAGUGGCAGACGUCGCGAGAUCCGUGAAUGGCGGAUUAAGCACAAAAUCCACGGUCGCUUUCCAUUUGCCGAUGCCUGGCGUCCAGACCGGUAUCAUAUCUCGCCAGGUUUGAAGGAGCUGGACUGGCCGUUUAGCAAGGUGCCCGACAACAUUCUCCCGGCUGGUCCUAUCCUGCUGCCCACGGCCUCGGUCGAGAAGCAGGACCCGGAAAUGGCGCGCUGGCUCAACCAGGCUCCGACCAUACUGGUCAACCUGGGCACUCUGUAUGCCCCUGAUCCAAAGGUGGCUGAGAAUAUUGCCACCGGGUUGAAGGGCUUCCUCAACUCGUGGAAAGGCGGAAAGGUGCAGAUUCUGUGGAAGCUGCCCAAGCACCCACACGACGAGGACGACAUCUACACUCGGUCAAUCGAGCCUCUUAAGAAAGAGACAGAAGAGGGCAGCGUGUUGAUCCGUCCCUGGUUCGAGGUCGAGCCCAUGGCGAUGCUGCAGACGGGGCAGAUUGUCUGCUCGGUUCACCACGGCGGUGCCAACUCGUGGUACGAGGCUAUUCAAAACGGUGUCCCUCAUGUAGUCCUUCCUGCCUGGCAAGACUGCUACGAGAACGCUGCUCGUGCCGAAUGGCUCGGUAUCGGGGUGUAUGGCAACAAGAGUCGUGCUCCCAACAUCAGCUCCAAGGAGUUGAGCAAGGCUCUUCUGAAGGUCAUGAAUAACCGCUCCUACAAGGAAAAGGCUACCGACAUUGCCAAGCUCUGCAAGAAGGAGGGCCGCGUUGCAGCCGCUGAAAAAAUCGCUGAGCUUGCUCGUAACCCUGAAAAGGCGACGGCGAUUCACAUCCCGCAGGCCAACCCUGAAGACCAACCACCGCUGUACGAGAUUAAGAACCGCGCAGGCAUGACGCUUCAAACUGCUCAAGAGCCCAAGACUGAGGGCAAGGGAGCAUCCAAACCCCUCCUUACCGACAUCGCCGAAUCCAUCCUGAUGACCCUCAUCUGCACCACCUGGUUCCACCUCCCUCUACUAGGCUACUCCCUCCUACUAGUCCCCCGUCUCCGCCUCUUCGUCCUGCUCUACAUCCUCUACAUCAAAUACUUCGCCAAGGCGCACAAAUCCGGCACCUUGCCCUACCGCAACGAUGCCUUCCGCACAUCCUUCAUCUGGAAAGUCUUCGCCUCUUACUUCCCCCUCACCCUGUACCGCUCUGCCCCCUUAUCCCCCCGCAAGAAAUACAUCUUCGGCUACCACCCGCACGGCGUCGCCCUCCGCGGCGCCAUCGGCGCCUUCGCCGCCGACCCCGUCGGCUUCUCCUCCCUCUUCCCAGGUAUCACCAACACCCUCCUCAUCAAAGACGACUUCUUCUACCAGCCCUUUCAACGCGAGUAUAUCCUCGCCAUCGGAGCGAGCGGCGUAUCCCGCACUUCGUGCAUCAAGCACCUCACCCGCGGCGGGCACGACGAGCGCGGCAUGGGCCGCUCCAUCGCCAUCACUGUCGGUGGUAGUCGGGAAUAUAACAUCGCCAAGCCCGGGACGAUGGGCGUGGUGAUUAAGAUCCGGAAGGGAUUUGUGCGGGUGGCGGUGGAGACAGGGGCGGAUUUGGUUCCGGUGGUGGCAUUUGGGGAGAAUGAGCUGUUUGAUUUGAUUGAUACGAAGUCGUCGUCGGUGUUGGGGGUGGUGGCUCGGGUUUGGGAGUUUGUAGUGGGUCAUCGUGUGGCGUUCUCGAAGGGAAGGUUUGGGAUGUUUUGUCCGCAUCGGAGACCGUUGAAUGUGGUUGUUGGGGAGCCGAUUGAGGUUGUGCAGCAGAGGUGGGAACCGGAUGAGAAGUAUAUUGAUCAGUUGCAUGGGGAGUAUGUCAAGAGGUUGGAGGGGUUGUGGGAGGAUUGGAAGGAGACGUUUGGGGUGGAGAGGGAUGUCAAGUUUGAGAUUGUGGAGUGAUUGAUACAUUUUUUCUUCCUUCUUUCUUCUUUGUUGGUUUUGUCUCUAUUCG